AUGACCAGUCACUUAUCAGCAUGUAUUGAAAACAAUUCUCUUAUGACCGCUCUCGAUCUACUUGCGAUCUACAAGAUCAAGACAGAAAACACAUCACGUAAACUAGAUCGCUUCUUUGGUGAAUCAGUACCUAUUGAUAUCUGCGUCAAUGAGAUUAAUAAUGAAGGACUAAAAGCUAUAUUGGGUUCAAAAAUACCCUUAUGUUACUUUUUGUUCUACCUUUUAGAAGAAUACAAUUUUGAAAAUUUGCUCUUUUUCUUACAAGCAGACAAGUUUGAGAUAAAAAAGGAUAGACAGACUGCGCUAGAUAUUUACAAUACGUUUAUUAUGAACAAUGCUAAAUUCGAAAUCAAUCUGGAUGAUCAUGUCAAACGCACAAUUACACACCAUAUCCAACUAGACAACAUAGACACAUCUCUAUUUACAGAAGCUAAAUUAUGUGUGUAUGUAUUACUCGAAUCUUGUUUUAUUCGAUUUCUGCAUAGUUCAGUCUAUAGAGACAUGUUGAAACAAUGUGGUUUAGCCAUGUACUAUGAGGACAGUGCAAAACAAACUGCUCUAGAUUACUUGAAAGGCUAUCUUCAACAUCAACAAAAUAUGGUGAUAGCCUACAGUGAAAGUGAUAGUCCAUUAAGUGAUAGUCUUGUUACCAACAGCAAAAGGCAUUAUGAAGCUAUUCAAUGUGCUAUUGAUCAAUUUAUUCAAGAUGUCUUUGUAUAA